UGAACUAUUACCAUCUAAUCUACAAAUAUUACCAAACUUAUAUUAAUACAACCUUCUACAUUUAUCAUCAGCAUAAAGCUACAGUAUAAUAAGCAAAAUCCACAAGAAAGAAGCGAGAAUGUCGAACACCAAGGACGAUAAAGACCCCAUAGGCACCGUGGUGUACAUGGGGCACCCGGGACACACGGGGUACACGCGGUGCACAGACUAUACCAGUAGCGCCCCAAACCACACAGCUUCAACGAGCGCCGCGGAGCCCACAUGUACACCCAGUUUGUUAGACCAGGUGAGCACCACAACCUACACGAGCGCUUCGAGCGAUCCCACAAGACUGGACACGCCAAGCCAUACAUUGGACUUUCCAAGCUACAUGGCGUCCACGAACACUCCCGGUUUAGCGAGCACUCCCAGCUAUCUAGGCUCAGCGAGCACCGCAACCCUUGCCGCGGACAGGGCCCCGGGCCUCGCGGAACCACUUACAACAACAGAAGUUCCGCGGAUUUCCUCCUCUUCUUAUUCUCCGACCAACACGGACAUGUCGCACAUAUUGAUCACACCAAAGCCCCCGAGCGCCACCAAAUCCAAAAAGGAGAAAGAAGAAGAAGAAGAAGAGAGAAAAAAAUGCUGCCCGUACUGCGUUGUCUACAGACCCCCGACCGGGCCGCUGUUUGGCGUCUGCCCCGUGUGCUACCACUGGGCGUUCGGGGACGGCGAUCCGUAUGUGCUCCAGAGUGAGUGUUUGGACAAGUUUCCUGAUUUCGCUAAGGAGCUUGAUAAAUAGUGCUGGUUUCGUGGCUCAGGUGUGCUGCCUAGUAAACGUGGAGAGUAGGCUUCUUAGGUUGUAUGAAAUAAGAGAGGGGAGAAGAAAAAGAGGGGAGUGUAGAAUGGAGGGGCGUAAGGCUAAGGUAACAUCAAUCAGCCCCUUGCCAACUUCCUGGAGGUUGUUUUGGUUUAGGGGGGGAAAUGACUUUGGUUGUAUAUGAACUGGAUAAUAAUAAUUUGGAAUGCUAUAUGCGUUUGGUUUUACUCCAGGAUAGUCGAAAUAGAGCUUGGUAACUAGGUACCUAAGGUAAUAAGUUUGACUUGUCCGUACAAGGUGAACGAGCCCUUGGUUCGUUAGGAAUCAGCACUGAUUACUUUCACUCGUGUUUCCUACGCUCCACUUCAUCCUCUGACAGAUAUGCACCCUUAAAACUCCCACCAUAGAAGGGUUGUAGGUGGGCACACAUAAAACUCAU